UUGGUCGUUCGUGAUUGCAUUUCUAAUUUUCUGACGAAAACAAAAGCAUCGCACACAAUAGUAAACGUUAUUACCAUUUUGGUAUAUUGUUCAGAGCACGGGCGAGUCCCAAUCCACCGCACCAUCGCAAUGAGUCUCUCUUUCGAGUGAGUCAAAUGGAGUCGUACAGCUGAAAGACAAUCGACAACAGUAACAGGCUGGCCCGAUGAAUGUUGUUACAAUACUUCGUGUUAUUGAUAAAAGUAAAUGUGCAUUCGGAAAGAAGUGAGUGGUGGCAAUAGUGGACUGAGUACCUUCGGAUCUCCUGCUGGACUUUACUGGCGUGCUGCAAGUGCGUUGACAGUUAUGAGCCGAAUUCAACGGGAAUGAAAUGCGAGUCGUACCGUAUUAAGUCACCGGUUGAAAGAACUCGCAAGUUCGCUACGUGUAAUAACAGUUUUCAUGCAUACCUACAUAUAUGUAUAUAAUAAAAUGUAAAUAUUUACAUGUCUGUUGCAUGUUAAUCAAAUCGGCGUGUUUUGGUUAGUCUUCAAGUGACAUCGUUCGCAAUAGCGCGCUUGCGCCCGCAUUUUAGCAUUUGGUGUUUUUUUAAUUUCGGAAUGAAGUUUUUAAAAGACCUGCGUGUGACUCUAUUUGCCGAAUAAUAACAACCAAUAGUGUAUCUACUGUGUGUGAAAGUUGUGACAUUAAAUAAAGAACGAAAAAAUGCUGAACUGCACCGAUUUGGAGUGCAUUCUGCACCAUCAUCACUAUUACGCUCAGCUACAUCAUCUCACCCAUGGCACUCAUGUGGAAGAUGGAAAUGCCAUGUCGCAGGAGACUGCAACAGAAACUGCAGCCGCGAACGAGACUGGCUCAGAAGUCCCUAGCUUGUCGCAUCUCGAUGCUCCGAACGAGAGUCUGUACAUGAUAGGGGGCGUCCUAAUUGCCAUGCUUCUGGUCGGCGUCAUCAUCGUCCUUUUGGCAUUCACCAUCAGCAAGCUACGGAAGCGGGAGGAACACAGCAACACCGUCCACCCGACAGAUGUGGUGCUCCAUACUGCUUCCGCUCACCCCGUGACCGCUGCACCCCAGGCCAACGGCCAGGCCACCGACCAGAACAACACAACAUAUCGAGAUCAGAUCCUCUGGCAGUUCCCGCCGCCCCCCGUCCAACCCUAUUUGUACAGCAACAAUCAGAACGCGCUGGUACAAAAUUUACCUACGGAAAGGCCCGGUUUUGUCCGUGGUUUCCGGAAGAACCUUGGCGGUAGGUUUCGUCGUUUGGUAAAGAAGAAGCCUCCAGAAGUCUACACCAUCCCAGCAGAGCUGAGACCGCAGCUUAAACAAAUUUAUGUCUAUUAGAAGAUAACUUUCUUGUUAAAUCCAGCAUCUUCAUGUUUGACUGCGGAUUUUUUCCAAGACACGCUGUGCCUUAGCGGCUCCACGUAAAAAAGGCAACUUCUUUUUGCCCGAGAGAGACUGAAAAUUAGAUUUAAUCGUCCCGUACGUCGAUCCUUGUGGUCCAACUUCGUUUUAUUGAAGUCGCGCCGUCAAGAUCGUGCAGUUCGUUAAUUAUGUAAUGCAACAAUUUUAUCAGUAAACUGUACAAUUAUGUGAUCUAAAAAAGAUAUUAAAUUUUAGUUAGGACGUAAGUUAGCGGUCUUUAACUUUUAUAAGUGUAUAAAGAAUUAAAUAGAUUUGACUCAUGUUGAGUCGUGUAGCAUGUGAUGAUUAUAUUACUUUUUUGUCCAUUUUUCAAUCUCGACAACUCUGUAUAAUAAUUACCUAUAAUAAUUAUUCUAAUUGUGUUUCGAAAUGAGUUGCCCAAGUUCCUGCUUCUCAUGACUAGUCAGUAUUUGUUUAUUAUUGACAGAGUGAAAUAAAGAAUCGAGGCUUGAAGAAUGUCCCUUUUUGUUUCAGUAUUAGCAUUAAUUUAUUGCAAUAUUUAAAAAAAGGAACAACAACGAAAGUGAUAGUAAUUGUAUUAAGGAAUCUGGAAAUUACAAAACAAUGCAAAACAUAUCAGUAAGAGAAUCCAAAACGCACUGUAAUUGUCACAGUAAGCAAUACACAUUAAUAAUCGAUUUUCUUUAUCAAUAAAGAAAUGUAAGAAC